GUGAUGGUGAGCAACGGUUUGGUGGUUGUUGGGGUACCCACCCAAGUACAGCAGGUAAUGCGACAGACAUAGAAUCGCCUGACAAUGCCUUCAAGAUGUGUGGUGCCAACUUGUCAGUCCUGGUAUGCCAUUGGUGGCAGACACAAGACGAAAAGACCACGGAAUACACACUGUUUUAGAUUCCCAAAGGAUCCAGCUGUUCGUAGCAAGUGGAUUGAAAAUUGUCGACCAACAGCCCCAUUUGAAGCCGACCUAUACGGGAUAUGUUCGAGUCAUUUUUCUCAGGCAGACUAUGAUCCAUCUUACCUCGUCAAAAGAACACUCAUGCCUGACGUCAAACCGCGUCUCAAAGAGGGCGCUAUACCUUCAUUAUAUCUUCCAUCUUCCCCCCAAAGCCCAGCUCGCCCGCGAAGAGCAGGAAGCCCGAAGGGAAGGAGUAGGAUGGACAAUGAAACCAGUAAGCCAUCUCGUGACAGCCGUCGAUCCGCGGCGUCUACCACCAGGGCCAGUCGUAUCUCCUUACACCAAAAUAAACGUCCUGUUCCCAGAGAAGAACAGAAGAGGAGAAGUAAACGAAACGUAAACGUAUCACCCAUCAAGGCCGCUCAGCCUGGUCGGAAGAAGGCGAAAUCCACCACGAGUUAUAAGCCCCGUACCUCAAGAGGCAAGAAGAGCUCUGACAAUAUCGUCUCAAAAUCAGACAAGGAGCAUCCACCCAAACAGAGCGUUGAAGCAGGCACUGUGACUGCGAAGGGGUCGCCUGCUGAAGCCAAUCACGUGCCUCAGAAACCUGCGAAUAAUUUGGAGACGGUCCCCGUGGCGCAGGACCAUUCGGACGCGGGAAGCCUGCAUUCUGAUGGCGCGCAUGACCAUCCCGAGCACGGCGAAGCUGACCAAGACGCGACUGAAGACAGGAUUCCGUAUCCGGUAGACGUGCCGAUGGAGACUCUGGAUGACCACAUAAACGUUUUGAAUGACGUGGUGCGCCCUUUUGGCAGUAAAGUGAAACACGUUGACCCGUCGGCGCAGGGCACAGUCCCGUAUGCGCCUGGCGGGCCCAUGAAAACCCUGGAUCAUCUCGACGCUGCGAGCGGCGGAAUGCGUUCAGCUACAAAUGCAAUGAAAGCUGAAGACUCCUUUGUCAACCGGAUGAAGGAGAUAUUUCAAAAGAAAACUAAAAUCCGGCGGCUUGAAGAGAAAUGCAAGCGCCUGCUAGGCGACGUUUCCGCCAGGCGUGUGGACCCCCGGGCUGUGAGCGUCGAUGCCGACACCUAUGUGGUUUGCGAGAGGGAUGGCACGGCUGUCAGCGGCGAGCCUGUGAGCGUACAGGCUUCCACAGAGGCGGGGGAUGAGCCUCUGGUGGUGCUAAGGGAGCAGGCGCCGCCUCUUAGCUUCGUUGCUAAACUGAGAGAGCAUGAGCUGUCCGACGAGAUGACCACGUUUUCACCGUCGGACUUGCAAGAGGCGCUUUCCGUGAACCAGCGUCUAAAAAUUCAGAACCUCUCCAUGCAGGCGGCAUUCCUCAGUUGGGUAAUCAAGAACAAACGGCUGGGGGACAUGAAGGUAAGGCUGGCACAGGAGCGAUAUCGGCGGAAAAGCGCAAAGGUGGUGACACGGAAACGAUUGAAGGAGCUGCUGCGGCUUGAAAAGUCCGUCAAGUCGAUGUUUACUGAAGCGCAGGUAAGGGCCAUCACCAGGGACUUCUCUGUCAGCCUCCAUGAGAAGAAGAAGGUCGUUCAGUGGGGAGAAGAGGACGUGAUCCGGACGCUAGAGCUGCGUGCCAUCAGCUCGGACGAAGUGCUGAAUCACGUGAAGCGAAACAUGAAGAUACCUCUGCCGAGUAUGCUGACUGUGAAGCAGCGAUGUCAGAAGUCCCCAAAACUGAACGAAAUGUACAGGGCAAUCACGACCAAAAGGAACGCCGAGCCGCACUGUGGGAUGUGCCAGCGCGCGCUGAGCACCAUCGAUGACGUGGCCGAGGCCACUGUGGGACGACCCAGCGACCUGGCUACCAGCCCUGCAGAACGCGCUGCCGCCCUCGGAGCGCCGCCACGCAGCAGCUCAGCUCACGCGGCGAAAAGGAAGCGAGGGAGAGGGGCGUCGGUGUCGGGAAGGUUCGCCUCGCCGCGGAAACAAACCUACGAAGCCGAUUCCGAGGACAGCGACUCAUCGGACUCGAUUGCCAGUGGCUCAUCCGGGCGUUCGGAAGCAGAAACGCUCGAAUUCCGUGCACAUGCGAAAAAAUGGCCACCAAAGAAAACAAGCAUCCCACCCCCAGCCCGUGUUCUCGAGCAGCCAAGAAAGUCGUGGUAUUUUUGAGGAUAUGUUCAGCUUGUCUUCACGUAUCAUUGGGGAAGGUCGUGGUGUUGCUUCUUCAACAAUGCACUUCAUUGCUCUGUGAAGAGCGUGCGGCAUGUGAGGGACGACUCAUUUGUCAUGGACGGUGAAAACACCGUCGGGAAGCUCUGGUCACGAUUGGAUGGGGUGAUGCGUUGCUAAUAAAUACAUGUGUCGUUCAGU